UGGGGUAUAGUCAGUAUGAGCAGAGAGGGGAAAAUUAUUCCUGUGUGUAAUUGUCCCCCUUCGUUUUCUGCUCUUUCUAGCCCUGCGUUAUCUGGGAAGCGGAAGAGAGACAAUGAGGCGGAAGAGGAGAUCGAGGAGACAGCUCAGGAAAAGAAGCUGAGAUUAGCCAAACUUUACCUGGAGCAGCUUCGUCAGCAGGAGGAGGAAAAGGCUGAAGAGGAGGCUUUCAAGGAGGAAUUGGUGGCUGGCCGCCUGAAAGAAGAUGUGCUCGAACAGAAGGGAAAACUGCAGCGACUGAUCGCCAAAGAUCUGCAACCUCCAGAUCCAGCAGAAAUCAGGGUGCUACGAGGGCACCAGCUGCCCAUCACCUGCCUGGUCAUCAGUCCGGAUGAUAAGUAUAUCUUCUCAGCGGCCAAAGACUGCUCCAUCAUCAAAUGGGAUGUGGAAAGCGGGAAGAAGGAGCACAUGAUCCGUGGAGCGAAGAAGGGCACAGAAGGGCAUGUUGGCCACACGGCACACAUUCUCUGCAUGGCUAUCUCCUCAGAUGGCAAAUACCUGGCCACAGGAGACAGGAACAAACUGAUCGUGAUCUGGGAGGCUGCAACCUGCAAGCACCUUUAUACAUUCACUGGACAUCGAGAUGCUGUAUCGGGCCUGUCGUUUCGGAAAGGCACGCACCAGCUGUACAGUGCCUCACAUGAUCGCUCCGUCAAAGUCUGGAACGUGGCAGAGAACGCCUAUGUGGAGACACUGUUUGGACACCAGGAUGUCAUCACAGGACUGGACAGCCUGAGUCGGGAAUGCUGCGUCACAUCAGGUGGGAGAGAUGGCACCAUCCGCAUCUGGAAGAUCCCUGAAGAGUCUCAGCUUGUGUUCUACGGGCACCAGGGCUCCAUUGACUGUGUCCAGCUGAUCAAUGAGGAGCACAUGGUAUCUGGUGCAGAUGAUGGGUCUGUUGCCCUCUGGGGUCUUUCAAAAAAGAAACCACUUGCAACUGUGAGGCAAGCACACAGUAACCAUGGUACCCAGGGACUGGAGCAGCCGUAUUGGAUCUCCUCAGUGGCUGCCAUGCUGAACAGUGACGUUGUAGCUACAGGUGCCUCGCGCUGCUCAUGCAGCGCCAGUGUGAGGCUGUGGAAGUGCAACGAGGGAUUCCGCAAGCUGGAGCUGCUCUUCGACAUCCCCCUGGUGGGCUUUGUCAACAGCUUGAAGUUCUCAAAUGCAGGGGACUUCCUGGUGGCUGGAAUCGGGCAGGAGCACAGGUUGGGCCGCUGGUGGCGAAUCAAAGAAGCCAAGAACAGCAUCUGUAUCAUCCCCCUGAAGAGGAUGGCAGCAGCUAGCAGUGCUCAGAUUGGUGAAAGCUCCUAACCCAGAACUCCCUCCUGCCUCUGUCUGCACAGUUCUGUUACAGCUGGAACUUUGGGAUAGAGACUUCUAAGUUCGUUUUUUCAUUAAACCAUCCCCUUAUUUGUAU